CCGAGGCACGGGGUGGGUGCACGUGCUGAAGGUGCCCCGCUGGAACCCUGAUUUCCGCAGAAAGUCCUUCUUCCCCCUCUUGUCCUGCUUUGAACGGAGCGAGGCGAUCCACGGCUGUUGCUUCUGGCCUUCUCUCGAGAAACGAUUGCCAGGUUGCGCUCCGGGUGCUGCUUUUUGGUUGCAGCCCAAUGUGGACACGAGGCAAAAACAGCUGACUGCAUGGUGUUCCUUAGUGCUCUCGUAUUGCCGCCUCAACAAGCUCUAUACUAUGACUGUUCCAGAGGCUCAGGAGAGCCCACUCUUCAACAAUUGGAAAUUGCAGCGUAUCCUUCCUCUCCAAUUUAUUUCCUUAACUAUGGAACAGGAAAACUCCCAUUGGAAUCCAUCCUUGUUGUAUUAGAGGAGCUCAGGAAAAAAGGGAAUCUUGAAUGGCUUGACAAGAACAAGUCUAGCUUUCUGAUCAUGUGGCGGUGUCCAGAGGAAUGGGGCAAGCUAAUCUAUCAGUGGGUUUUGAAGAAUGGACUGACAAACUCAGUUUUCACACUCUAUGAGUUAUCCAAUGGCGAGGAUACAGAGGAAGAAGAAUUCCAUGGUUUGGAAGAAUCAGUACUUCUUCGAGCGCUGCAGGCUUUACAACAGGAGCAUAAGGCUGAAAUAUUCACCCUGAAUGAUGGGCGGGGCGUCAAAUUCUUCUAAUAGAGAUUCUGCUUUGGCUUCCUAGUAUGACUGUACAAAAGUGUCCUGGGUUUAAGGGCUUCUCUCUGCUCUGGUUUCCUUGCAUUGAAGGCUGAAACAGCAAAUUGUAUCUUGAUGGCUCAGCAUUUGACUCCAUUUUCUUCUCUCUGCAGCUUCUGCCUCUUAUUGCGUUGUGAUGUUAAAGAUGAUUUGAAUAGAUUUAUGGGGGAGCCAGAGUGUUUCUUGUGCUCAUAUGACAUGAAGCAACCCUUGGCUCUUGAGUUUGGCCUUCCAAAAUGGAGGCACACAAUAAACCCUGCUGCUUGCAGCAAUGAGCUGUAAUUUGGGGAUCAAAACUACAGUGCUCUUUCUCCAGUUGGGCAAGAGGCCACGUAGACUGUGCUGUCCACAGCAGAAUGAGGCGUUAAAGACUUUGGACAAAAUUAAACUAUACUGUAUUUACAGAAAAGUCCUCUGUGUUGGGUUAUCUGUGUGUGUGUUUCUCUCACACCAAGGGGACCUUCAAGUCUUCUCUCCCACCCCAAGCCCCAUGUUACCUUUAGUUUCAUAUCAGGGCUAAGUGGAGGUCAGCCACCUCCUCAUGCAGUUCAGCAAUCUUGUUUUUUCAGAAGCAAAAAUUGAACUAUAUUUCUUCAUUUCUGCUAUUUGUGAAGAAGAGAAUGCCAUUCAUUAUCCAGAAGUAACUCGUCUGAAUUCAGACUGGUUUCAUCUUUCAACACUUUGCAUCCUGCCUAGAAGAUGGGCAUUUUCCCCCCAGAUUUUUUAGCAUCAGUAUCUUUGCAGUUAAUUAUGAAAUCUUUCAUUUGAAUCACACUUAUAAAAUUUAAAAAGCCAAGAAAACAGUAUUGAAAAACUCUUAUUUCUGCUAGGGCAAAUAUGGGGGAAAUUGUGUUCUUCAGAUGUUUUUAUGCAACUCCUAGGAUCACUUAUUUUGCUAUUCAGUGGCUACAGCUGUUGGGAAUGUAUUUGGUGUGUCUGGUUUAGAUCAGGGUAUGAUACAAAGAGUCAAUAGGAUUGCAAAAUUAAUUUAUUUUCAUAAGUUUGUUUCAGAUAUGCUCAAAACUGAAUCAGUUGCAUUUUCCCUGGGCUGCUUGUGGAUAACUCUGCACUAGAUAGGCAUUAGGAAAAGAAUUAACUGACAGACCAUAGUGAACCUAGUGUUGAUGAAUCUCUAGAUUUGUCAAGGGAUUCUUAUUUGAAUUUCAUGGAACAUUCUCUGGUUUGAAAUGUCCAAUUGGGUUUGGCAAAUAGGACAUCUCACCAAAUGAGGAAGAAUACUGAGAAUUAGUUAACGAAACGUGACUUUCCAGUAAGGAAUUCACAGCUCACACAGAUGGAAAAGGAUGUCUUAAGCUUCACGCAGAAUUCACAAAGCAAAGUCAAUUACUGCAUAUAUUUUCAAAUAGGUUGUGUUAGAAUUAAGUUUUGGUCUUAGAAGAAUGUAGAUUGCUUUAAGUGCAGAGUUGGCUUUAGCAGAGGUAUGGAAAAGUUAACUUUAUUAGAUCUUCCAUCACAAGCUGUUCUCAAAAUUUAACUGUGAUAGAGACAUGGAAUAGAAGUGUAGAUUUCUAUUGGCCUGGGGUAUUCAGUCUGCAUCUUUUCCUUCUGCCACAUUUCAAUUCUGUAUUGCUGAACAGAAUAAAAUAUUGUAGAGUUUUAUAAGGAUUUUACUUCUUGAAAACAAAACAGCAGAUGAUGAAAAACUAUUCCAAGACAAGAAAGUUUAUUCCUCAGAUGACAGUCUUUUGAACCUUUUGCUGCCAAGCUAUGCUUAGAUUACAUCCCUGAAUGUUGAGAAAAAAUAUGUGCAUGGGUCUCUUGUCUUCCUUAGAUGCUUGCCUAUUUAUCAUAUCAUAGCUUGGAAAAGUGGCUCAUCCUUCUGGCAGAUCUUUAAUUAGGUCUGUUUGUGACUACGGAGCUCUAGUCUCCUGUCUGCAAAGACUUUGAAAGAGGGGGAGAGAGAAAAUUGUGGCAAGAACAGUGCUACUUAGAGAAGAGCUUUCAUAACCCAAAGAUCUACCCCAGCUGUUGGGUAUUUUAUGUAUUUAUUUAUAUUUCAAAUUUGGACACCACCCAUCUCACAAGGAAGUAUACUGUUGUCCCCAGCUCUGCCACAUUACUUCAAACCUCCUCUUUCAAACAUACAUUUCAACUUGUAUGGUAGAGUUCCCACUCAUCGCAUGCAAAUAUUUUCUCUUGUUUCUUGAGAACACAGAUGAGAGGUGGCUUUGGGGUCAAAUUGCCAGGGCUUUCCUAAGCCAUUAUAUGGUGGUUAAAAAUAAGAGAGACUGGCAAGUUUGUCCUCUGGACCCACUGAAUGUUGACAACAUACCCGUAGGUGAUUAGUACUAGAAUAAUUAGUAAUUUCUUACUUCCAAAAUAAGUAUUUAGGGUAUUUUUGACACUGAACUAGGAUAUGGUGUUAGAGCAGGAUAGCCUUAUUUUUCAUGAAAAACUGUGUAGUACUUUGACAUAAUGCACUAAUAUUAUUUUGAAUACUGAUUAUAGUACUAUAAUUUAGAGGGGUUUUUCAACUAUAAAAACAUCCUUAGAUUGUAAAAAUAAAGCCUUCCUAAUUUCUGCCAUUUUGAUAUUUUCAAGAGAAGGAUAUUUUUUUUUAAAAGUGGGAAUUAAUCUUACAUCGUUUAUUUAUUAUAAUUAUCUUUUGAAUUUCAAAAAUCUGCUCUAGUUAAUUAGAUCAGAUAAAAAAGCUUCCAGCAGCAUCCACAUAAGUUAGGCAAAGGAGGGUCAGACAGAUGAAAGUUUGCUGCAGCAUUGUACUACAAGGCCUGCGCCUUUUGUAUAUGUGUUGCAAUGACACACACGACCAAAAGGAGCAGGGCAUGACUAAAGCAGCAGGAUCCAAAAGCAUCCUUAUGAAAGCAUCAUAAAUCACAUGCAGAGGUGGAACAUCCUCAGGUACCUGAUUCAUCACUGUACACUUGAAAACUCUGCUCAUAAAAAAAGAAAAAAUGAAACAGGCAUUUAUAGCAGAUAACUUGUACUCCCACUUUUUAUGGUUUAGUUUGUUUUGUAAAUCUCAGAAAACGCCUCAGGGAAUAUAUAGGAUGAUGAUGGUUAUAAUGUCAUUAAAAGUGAAUAAAUGAAGCAUCAUGAUGGUAUGCUGAUCCUUUGGAUGGUUACUCUGGCCUGUAGGGGGACCAUAACUUUCUGUAAAAAUGUCUUUCUGGUUCAUCAAAUCAACUGGGCAUCCUUUCAAAUUUAUUUGCGUGGAACACAGAAAAAAAUCCUUGUGCAAUUAUUGUUUCUAGCAUUGUGAUGUUCUAAGCUUUUGAAUCAAUUUAUGCACCUUACCCACUUACCUGUUUGCUUAUUUAGCUAGGACUGGUAUACCUGGGUUGCAAAAUUGUAUUGCUGUACAAUUAAAUGGGAGCAAAGAGUUAGUGGUUUUUAAUAUCUCUGCUUCCAUCUAGUGGUGGUUUGGAUUUUGCAGUUCAGAUAUGGUAAUCCUAUGAUUAAUAUUUACUGCUAUUACACCAUUUCCUGAGUGAACAUGCUUGAAAUGACGUAGCAAACCAGGGAUGACUGGUUAAUCAGCUUCCUGUCUUUUGUCAGUAUUCUAUUAAUUUUUCUGCUGGGUGACCUUUUUCUAUUCCUUCUCCCUACUCCUCAAAAACCAUUGUGGAUUGAUGUGAAAAUCAUAAAAAGUGAUAUGAGGAGAGCUAAUUCUUCCUCCAUUCCCUUUGAUUUCAAAGCAGAGGCUCGUUAAGAUGAGAACAAAAUGGAGCCAGCAAAGCUAUUUCAAGAGCAAGUUGGUGAAUGCUCUUGUACCCCAUAUCAUUUUGGGAGGAGGACUAGUAGGUAAUUUAACCAUGAGUUCUGAGACAUGCUUAAUGUAUGCUAAUCUACAAGCCACAGAACAUUUUUUUGUUAAGACGCUUAAUCCCAAUGUGAUCUAUGACCUAAGUUCAGACAACAUGCUAUACAGGUAGUUGUUUAACAAUCACAAUUGGGACUGGCAACUCGGUCAUCAAGUGAAGCGGUCACAAAGUAAAACUGCAACUGUACUUAUGAUCUUGCUUCAGCUUU